UGGGAGUCUCUUGUAUGGGAUAAAUGAAUUCAGAAGACUGCUGGACUGUGUAUGAUGCGAAUGAUGGUUGCACACUACCAAAGCCAGUUUUGUCCAAGAGGCUGUUAGGAAUUUUAGUAUUACUGGGCUGUUGGAAGUCUGGCGUUGAGGGAUGUGAGCCUUGACAGCCCGUGGAGUUCGUGGUGAGAGAUCCAGAAGAGGAAGCAACCCAAUACCAUGGAAGUAGGCCAUCUGGUAUAUCUUGCCAUGCAAGGUCAAAAGAAGAUUGCUCCACUCCAAGCUCAUUAUACCCAAAGAAAGAAGACGUCCUAAAGUAGCCAGCGUCUUCUGUGGCAUCUGUGAAGGCCAUGGCUCAUGUAUUAUGGGCUUUGUUGUUCCGCCACUUGGAGCUCUCUGGUGAUCUUCUCUGGGCGAGGAGGUGUGUAGGAGACGGUUCAAUGAUCCGGAUUUGGAUUGUUAUCGGCUCAGCCACUCGCUGGAUUCGUGGUAAUCGGUUCUGUGGGCUUGGGUGACUGGCUUGGCUAAAACCCAGCGUUCUACAUGA